AUGACCGUAAUUCGGAAAUUGCGACUUAUGGAAAUAGGCCUUCGUUUUAACAAGUUUGCGAAGUCCCAAAUCAAAGCUGUCUUUAUCUAUUUCAACGAGGAUGAAAAGCUUACAGCCGCUCUUGCUGUCCGAGCCUUUUUUCAACGCUACUAA